AACCAUGUUACCAUUUGUAUAGAAUGUCUACAGUAAGGAAGCAAACCCCAAAUGAGUUCCUGAAGCAGCUUAUCGGACGCCCAGUCGUUGUGAAACUCAGUUCUGGUGUAGAUUACAGAGGAAUAUUCGCUAAUCUUGACGGGUACAUGAACGUGAUACUGGAGCAAACAGAGGAGUACAUGAACGGAGAGCUGAAGAACAAGUACGGGGACACAUUCAUCAGGGGCAACAACGUACUCUACAUCAGUGCUCAGAAGAGAAGACUGUAAUUCUAUAAGUAUUGCAGUGCUUAGAGAAGAUUAGUCGUAAAGUACUGCUCAGAGAAUGUAUUUUUAAUUUGCAUAUUUACAUGGCGUAAAUUACCUGAGUUU